CCACCCAAAAAUCUCCACACUGAUCAUUUCCCAAAACCAUGUCAAUCACCAAAGCCGCCUUCCUCAUCCACCUCCAAACCCUCACCAGAUCCCUCCGCCGCCCCCUCCUCCCCCCUCCUCCCUUCUCCUCCUCCCUCCGCCACUUCUCCUUCGCCACACAAGAAGAAGCCGCCGCCGAACGCCGCAAACGCAAACGCCGUCUCCGCAUGGAACCCCCUCUCAACUCCUUCAACAACAACAGAUCCCCUCAACAACAACAACAACAACAAAUCUCCAGACCAAUCCAAAACCCUAACAUCCCCAAACUCCCCGAAUCCGUCUCCUCCCUCGCCGGCAAACGCCUCGAUCUCCACAACCACAUCCUCAAACUCAUCCGAGAGAACGACCUCGAAGAGGCCGCGCUCUACACUCGCCACUCCGUCUACUCCAACUGCCGCCCGACGAUCUUCACCGUCAACGCUGUCUUGGCCGCGCAGCUGAGGCAAGGGAAGUGCGGACCUCUCUUGCGGUUACAUGGGUUCAUAAAUCAAGCCGGGAUCGCGGCGAAUAUCGUCACUUAUAAUUUGAUUUUCCAGGCUUAUUUUGAUGUUAGGAAGCCCGAUCUUGCGUUGGAGCAUUAUAAGUUGUUCCUUGAUAACGCGCCUUUGAGUCCUUCUGUUGCCACUUUUAGGAUUCUUGUUAAAGGUUUGGUUGAUUAUGAGAAUCUUGAGAAGGCCUUUGAGGUUAAGGAGGAUAUGUUUGUUAGAGGGUUUGUUGCUGAUCCUGUUGUUUACGGCUAUUUGAUGAUGGGGUUUGUGAAGAAAGGGGAUGGUGAUGGUGUGGUUAGGCUUUAUGAGGAGUUGAAGGAGAAGCUUGGUGGGUUUGUUGAGGAUGGGGUUGUGUAUGGGCAGUUGAUGAAAGGGUGUUUUUUGAAGGGGAUGGAGGGAGAAGCUAUGGAGUUUUAUGAGGAAGCUGUUGGUGAGGAGUCGAAGGUGAGGAUGAGUGCUAUGGCGUUUAAUUAUGUGUUGGAGGCUUUGUGUGAGAAUGGGAAGUUUGAUGAGGCUUUGAAGUUGUUUGAUAGGAUGAAGAAGGAGCAUAGUCCACCGAAGAGGUUGGUGUUGAAUUUGGGGAGUUUUAAUGUGAUUGUUAAUGGGUAUUGUGGGGAAGGGAGGUUUGUGGAGGCUGUGGAGGUUUUUUGGCAAAUGGGUGAGUUUAGGUGUAGUCCUGAUACGUUAUCGUUUAAUAAUUUGAUGAAUCAGUUGUGUGAGAAUGGAUUGUUGGCUGAGGCUGAGAAGCUUUAUGGUGAGAUGGAUGAGAAAAAGGUGAAGCCUGAUGAGUAUACUUAUGGUUUGUUGAUGGAUACUUGUUUCAAGGAAGGUAAGAUAGACGAAGGAGCUGCGUAUUACAAGACAAUGGUUGAGUCGGGUUUAAGACCAAACUUGGCGGUGUAUAACCGGCUGCAAGAUCAGUUAGUUAAAGCUGGGAAACUUGAUGAUGCCAAAUCCUUCUUUGAUAUGAUGGUGAGCAAGCUCGAAAUGGACGAUGAGGCUUACAAGUUCAUCAUGAGGGCGUUGAGUGAAGCUGGGAGACUUGACGAUGUGCUUAAGAUUGUGGAUGGGAUGCUGGACGAUGAAUCCGUGAAAGUGAGUGAAGAUGUACAAGAGUUUGUAAAAGGAGAGCUGAGGAAAGAAGGAAGAGAGGAUGAUCUGCAGAAACUGAUGGAUGAGAAGGAGAGAUUGAAAGCUGAGGCAAAGGCGAAAGAGUUGGAAGCAGCUGAAGCGAAGAAGAGGAGUACGAAUAUUACUAUAGCUUCGUUGAUACCUUCAAAACAGGAGGACGAAAAGGGUGAAAAGGUAAAGAUGCUGUGGGAUAAUAACGGUGUUGCUGAAGAAAUCGAUGUGGCGGAUGUGGUGGCUCAAGGAGAAGAAGCUGGUGUGGUGGCUCAAGGAGAAGCACCAGGUGGAUCUAACGGUCUGGCUCCACCGUGAUGAUGAUUGUCGUUUGCUUUUGGAUUUAUUAGUCUUUGUUUUAUGUAAUUAGGGAUUUAGUUGAGACAAUAAGCUUAUGAGCCACCUUUUGGUGUUAUGUCUGGUUUUUGAAAAAUCAUUUUUCAAGCUUGCUUCGUGCUUUCAGAUUUUUUUUUUUUUUUUGAGCAAAACUGAUUCACUUGAUGUUACUCGUAGCUCCAUGGUUCUUUCAUUUAGGAGAUAUCAUUUGCUG